AUGAUUGUCCCUAGCACUACUGGUAGAAGGUCAAUGAAAGAACUCAACAAUACUGGUGACACAACAAACCGUCAAGUUGGCGCCAAGCAUUGGCCAAUGGGGUCAACCAAUUUCAGCAUCAGGUUCCCACGGGCAAAAAACCUCUGGCGUCAGGCUAUGCCGGGCCCUGGCGCAAUUAUGACGUUGGCAAAAUUGAUCAUGGAAGCGAAAACUUGCCACUUCGCCCUGUUGCACUAUGACAGUGCUUCAGAAUCGAUGAUUGAAUGGUGUUGGCCUGCCGAUCGUGAGGGAAGGAAAAUUCUGCCAUCCAACCUUGAGAAGCACUGCAAAAAAUAUGAUUUUCGAUAUCCAUGCUGUGUAUGUGCCAAUGGCGGUGGGAGAGGGGCAUACAUAGAGGUAGCAGUGUACCCUUGGUGGAAUAAGACCACAAACAACACUUUUUGGAUUGUGAGAUGUGCCUCUGAUCGAUGUGGAUACCAAGUAAAAAUAGACAUGUACUCCCGACUGGCACCUUUGGCUGCCUUCUGGUACCCGCGAAGAGAACAGCGAGCCCCUCCUAUUCAACUAGAGUGGACCUUCAGAGAGCAGAUGGAGUUGUUGAACGAACUCGACUCACCUGUUGGCGACAGGAUUGGUGCGAGAGAGUUCCGUGUUCUAUUUAAACGCUGCAAAAAAUGCAUGCAAGUUGGAGCAAGGCCAGUGAUGAACCACCAUAUUUGUUCUGGAGGCGUGCAAAAGCAACAAAGAAGAUAA